AUGGAUUUCAACGUCGACUUCAAGAGCUUCGGCAAGAACCUCUCCGAUCUGGGGGCCCAGAUCACGCCUUUUGCGUCGCGCACCUUCCAGUACACCAAAGAGCAGUUUGGCCAGACAGAUGAUAAGGUGACCCAGCUUCCUCCCGACUACAUCGACCUCGAGAAGCGCGUCGAUGCCCUGAAGCGGGCCCACCAGAAAAUGCUGGCUGUGACCUCAACCUACUCCAACGAAGCCUACGACUACCCCCCUAACAUCAAGGAGACCUUUCAAGAUCUGGGCCGCACGGUCAGCGAGAAGGUCAACCUCCUGUCCUCGGCCACCUCCCCCGCCGAGGCCCAGGCCGCCCUCGUCGCCCCUCCCUCUGCCAAGCCGCAGCCCAAGACCCUGAGCCAUGCCAUUGCUCGCGCCAGCUUGGCCAGCAGCCAGAUGCUCCACCAGAACCACACUGGUACUGGUGAAGAUCCCUUGGCUACCGCCCUGGAGAAGUAUGCUCUUGCCUCUGAGCGCGUCGGCGAGGCCCGUCUCGGCCAGGAUGCCCAGAUCCAGAGCCACUUCCUCGCUGGAUGGAGCACAACCCUCAACACCAACCUCAACUUUGCCACCCGCGCUCGCAAGAACGUCGAGAGGGCCAGGCUUAACCUCGACGCUGUCAAGGCUCGCGUCAAGGGCACUACCUUCAAACUCGGUCAUAGCCAGGAGCCCCAGCUCGGCGAAGAGCAUGAGCUCAGCCCUGAGGCCCAGGAGGAGAUUGAGAAGGCCGAGGAUGAGUUUGUUACUCAGACUGAGGAGGCCGUUGGUGUCAUGAAAAACGUUCUUGACACUCCCGACCCUCUACGCAACCUUUCUGAGCUUGUCGCCGCUCAGAUUGAGUAUCACAAGAAGGCCUACGAGGUUCUCACCGAGCUUGCCCCCGUUGUUGAGGGUCUUCAGACCGAACAAGAAGUAGGUCACGCCUCCGAGUAUGCGUCUUGA